AUGGCCAGCUCAAAAAGGUCUUGGGAAGGAAAUAUUAUCAACAAUCAGACAAAACCUGCCACGCCAGAAGAACAAUCCAAAUCAGCGUCUGCCAUGGCUACUACUGAAAAUAGCGGAAAUGGGGAGGGGCCUGUCAUUCAGUCCAUGUUUGAGAACUUUCGCAGUGAGCUCGAUGAGCACCAUGACCGCAGAGAAAGAAUUAUCAAAGCUUCUCGAGAUAUAACAGCAUUGAGCAAGAAGAUAAUAUUCGCUCUCCAACGGGUCCGGACCGUCAACGCUCCCCUCCCCCCCAACAUCUCCAAAGAAAACAAAACACGCUUCACCCAGAUCAUCGACCUCUUCAAAACCAUCGCUCCAGAGCUCACCGGCGCCAACUCCUGGCGCUACCAACGACAGGUCUCCGGCGGAAUUCAAGAAUUCAUCGAAGCUAUCUCCUUCGAACAGUACAUCCAGACCCAAAGCCUCAUCACGCGCGACGAAGUAGCGGCUCGAUUACCGGAGGGGAUUAUCGUGACGGAGGAUGAUUAUUUGAUGGGUAUAUAUGAUUUGACGGGCGAGAUGAUGCGGUUUGCGGUUACAACGCUUUCGACUGGUGGGCAGAUUAAGAAGAGCGAUGUGAAGGACGACAGUAAAAUGGAUGUUGAUGGGGCUGACAAUGAGCCGGUGCAGAAUUUCCCUAUUUUCCCGCCCGAAAAGGCAGGUAUUGUGGUUGAUUUGAGGAAUAUGAGGGCUAUGUUGGAGAAACUUAAUGUUCCGAGGAGACAUAGCAGCCACAUGAUGCGGGACAUGCAAAAGAAGAUGGAUGUUAUGCAGAAUAGUGUCGAGAAAGUGGAACGAGCUGCGUAUGGAUUGUUAGUUAGGGGCAGCGAGAGACCCAGCGGAUGGACACCAGAUCUGUCGUCGGUCACCGCAGGAGCGGGCGCUGCCGGUGUUGAGGUUGAGAGUUAUUGA